AACGGCUGUGAUUAGGCCAUUGUCCCACUACAAAGGCGCUCAAGGCGCCACUGGCCUCGCCCUAGGUAGCGCGCGCGCGAUCGAUCGAGAGGAAUCUAGAGCGCCAUGGCGACAAUGCAGCACACCCGUCUCCAUAGAUUUUCAAGCCCUUGCAGCAGCUCGGAUUCCAGCCCCGCCGUCGCGUCCAAGCUCUGGAUCAGGGGACGAUCCGUUCCCUCCGGAGUGAAAAUCACCUCUAGCUCGUCGCGAUGGAGUUCGAGGAUUACGGCGGUUUUGAGCCAGAAGGAACCAGUUGCACAGGAAAAUGGAGCUGUGGAAUUGGAUACUUCUCUAAGUCCGAGAGUAGCAGCGCUUCGUCCAUCCAAGACGAUGGCUAUCUCCGAUCAGGCCACGGCUUUGGUCCAAGCUGGUGUGCCGAUCGUGAGACUGGCCGCUGGAGAGCCCGACUUUGACACGCCGGAAGUCAUUGCCGAGGCAGGAAGGAAGGCAAUUCAAGAAGGCUUUACGCGCUAUACUCCCAAUGCGGGAACUAUGGAGCUACGAUCAGCCAUUGUACACAAGCUCCAAGAGGAAAAUGGGCUCACGUACAAAACGGACGAGAUCCUUGUGAGCAAUGGAGCGAAACAAUGUAUCACGCAAGCUGUUCUUUCCGUUUGCUCGCCUGGUGAUGAGGUGAUUAUUCCUGCUCCAUACUGGGUGAGUUAUCCGGAGAUGGCUCGUCUAGCAGAUGCCAAGCCUGUGGUUGUCCAGACAUCCUUAACUGACGAUUUCCUUCUAACACCGGAUGCUCUAUCAGCCGUUCUAACUGAAAAAUCAAGGCUGCUUAUUCUGUGCUCGCCUUCGAAUCCAACAGGAUCCGUCUACUCUCAGCAAAUGCUGGAUGCAAUAGCGAAGAUUGUUGCAAAGCAUCCGCGGUUGCUGGUUUUGUCAGACGAAAUUUACGAGCACAUUAUUUACUCUCCAGCUAAACAUACAAGUUUUGCAGCUUUGCCAGGAAUGUGGGAGCGAACUCUUACUGUCAACGGAUUUUCCAAGGCCUUUGCAAUGACCGGGUGGAGGCUCGGCUAUCUAGCUGCUCCAAAGAGAUUUGUUACUGCUUGUAACAAGGUCCAGAGCCAGUUAACAUCUGGAGCGAGCAGUAUUUCCCAGAAAGCUGGAGUUGCAGCAAUGGGCCUGGGCUUCGCUGGUGGCGAAGCUGUCGCAAAGAUGGUUGAAGCUUUCCAAGAGCGAAGGGACUUCAUGGUCAGGAGGUUGAAAUCUCUAAAAGGGGUGAAACUCUCAGUUCCUCAGGGAGCUUUCUACCUCUUUCCCGAUUUCAGUGCCUACUACGGCAGCGAAGCUCAAGGAUUUGGCACAAUCCUUGACUCGGAAUCACUUUGUAAGUUCUUCCUGGAGAAAGCUCAGGUCGCUUUAGUUCCAGGCGACGCUUUUGGCGAGCCACGCUGCGUGAGAAUAUCAUAUGCCGCGUCCAUGGAGUCUUUGAAAACAGCCAUGGAUAGCAUCGAGCAGUCCUUGACACUAAUUAAUAUUGAAUGAAGACGUCGCAUUUCAUCGAUGCUC